AUGGCUGCAUCGCUGCUUCGAUACUGCGCCAAGGCGAAUUGGUGCAAAGAUCAGGACUUCAUGGCACUACAGGCGUCGAGCAAAUCGUCCGUCGACGACUGUUCGGACGGGCCGUGGAGGGAGCAUGAAGAACAGAAACGCCUGUUGUCUCCAGAGAUCCUGGAAACUCCGCCGACAUGUCGACGGCAUCACCAUCUCUUGUUCGGCCUUGUCAUGGGCAACAUAUUUCUUACGAUCGUGACCAUCCUCCUGGCAGUGGCACUCUCUAUAGCAGCAAGCCAAGAUCCAUCUCUGACCGUCUACUCACCGGCAAAAGAAGCGGUCAGGUAUUACGUGCAUCGCUUUCGCCCUGCUCUGGGCAAUGAGACAGAGUACAUGGGCUUUCCAACCGAUGAGACUGACCAAAGAUGGGAGGCUCUUUAUCAAUAUAACGCAUCAGUCAUUUCGGAGACCCAGGCUCGCCGCCUACUCACGCCGACGAUGGCCAUUCCUGGGACCAAGCGAUAUCUCGUUGAACUUGAGGUGUUCCACAAUCUGCACUGCUUGAACGAAUUACGCAAGCUCCUGUGGCCGGAAAGGUACAGGUUGCUUGAGCAAUUGACGUCUGAGAACGGAACAAUAGACAGGAGCAGCUUUGGUUUCAAACACUGGGGUGAGAUCAUCUCUGCCGGCAGGCCAUCAAUGCGACUAACAAGGAAAGAUCACUGCGUAGAUUCUCUCCGUCAAGCGCUCAUGUGUAACGCGGAUAUCUCACCCAUAUCUUGGCACGUUAAUGUCCCUUUCAACCGAGGCAUCUACCCGCGGUUAGCUACAACGCACACCUGCAAGGACUUCUCCCAGAUCCAAAAGUGGGCGGCCGAGCACCAUGCCCCUAGCUUCGAGCAGCGAAUCUACGAUUUUGAAGAAUUGCAGCGGGUCAUCGACGACACCGAUAUCGAUCACUCCACUGAAGAAGACUUGCAAAACCAGUAUUGGUUAUUCCCUGGCGACAAAUGGUUCAAGCACUGGCGAGAGCAUACUUAUCAUGGGGAAGUUUCGCGACCUCAGAUCUACCCUACCUCACGACACGAGUGGGAAGACUGA